UAACAAUAAAGUGUGACCUCUGUUAUUGUAGACACAUACGAACUUCAGAAAAUGGCUCCUGAGGCGCAUAAUUUUCUUGUUUCAUACUAACCUAAGUCUAAAGACGUUUCUAUGCACGAAAGUAGAGGAUAGACAGUCUCACUAUGGCGUCGUCGCAACUUGUAACACUGGAUAUAAUUGUUAUUACAAUAUAUUUUGUUUUCGUCAUCGCAGUAGGUCUAGGUAUAUGUUUUAUCUAGGUUGGAGCAUCCUUGUUUGCCAGUAAUAUUGGGAGUGAGCACUUUGUUGGACUCGCUGGAUCAGGGGCUGCUGCUGGUUUAGGGGUCGCUGCGUUUGAAAUAAACGCGCUGUUUUUCUGUCAGCUGCUAGGAUGGGUAUUCCUACCUGUGUAUAUGGCAGGCGGGGUGUACACCAUGCCUGACUACCUCCAGAAGCGUUUCGGCAGACAGCGAUUGCGAAUGUACAUCGCCUUCCUCUCGCUCCUCCUCUACAUCUUCACAAAAAUCUCGGUGGACUUGUACUCUGGCGGUAUAUUCAUCCAACAAGCUUUACAUUGGGACCUCUAUCCUUCUAUUUUGACUUUGCUUGGAAUAACAGCCUUGUAUACGAUCACUGGUGGAUUGGCUGCCGUUAUCUACACUGACACACUCCAGGCGUUCGUCAUGGUAAUAGGCGCUUGUAUAUUAUCAAUACUUAGCUUUAAAGAAAUAGGCGGAUAUAAAAACUUCGAAUUGCGUUACAUGCAAGCGUAUCCGAACGAAACUUUAUAUAAUGACGACCCGUGUGGAUUUCCGAAAGAUGAUUCGUUUAACAUGGUACGUGACGCUAGGGGAUCCGAUAUACCAUGGCCAGGAUUUCUUUUCGGCCAAUCAGCAGCAUCCAUUUGGUAUUGGGCUACAGAUCAAGUCAUAGUUCAGAGGACACUGGCGUCAAAGAAUCUAUCACAUGGACAGGGAGGUACCCUAUUGGCUGGCUUCUUGAAAGUCCUGCCGCUAUUCAUCAUCGUGAUGCCGGGUAUGAUCAGCAGAAUAUUGUUUCCAGAUAUUGUGGCAUGUACAUCUGACGAAAUAUGCGAGAAAGAAUGCGGAAGCACUUCAGGUUGUUCAAAUUUAGCUUACCCACUUCUAGUGAUGGAAGUCAUGCCAAAAGGUUUAAGAGGACUGAUGUUAGCUGUGAUGCUAUCUGCACUAAUGAGUUCAUUGACCUCAAUCUUCAAUAGCGGCAGCACCAUCUUUACGAUGGAUAUUUGGAGAAACCUUCGAAAGUUUCCGAGUGAAUCUGAAAUGAACCAACUACCAAUCAGCCAGAAAAAGAAAUACGAGUUAGAGUUAAUGAUCGUAGGCAGAGUGUUUAUGGCAGUACUCAUCCUUGUGAGUGUGGCUUGGAUACCCGUAGUACAAAAUUCGCAAGGAGGUCAGCUCUUCAUCUACAUCCAAGAGAUCAGUGCGUAUCUGUCACCGCCGAUCGCGGCGAUCUUCUUACUUGCUAUACUGUGGCACAGAAUAACCGAACCAGCUGCAUUUUGGGCUUUGAUGGUGAGCCUGUUUAUCGGCUUGUUUCGCAUGACAUUGGACUUCAUUUUUCCUGACAGUGAAUGCGGCGGGGAGGACACCAGACCCGUAUGGGUUCAGAAUAUGCUGUUCCACUACAUGUACUUUGCUCUUUUACUGUUCUGGCUUACAGUAUUGGUAGCUGUAGUUGUCAGUCUAAAGACAGAACCGAUUCCGAUGGAGAAGGUAAUGACCGAGCAAAUCCAAGAGGAACAAAAACUAAACCAUAGCGACGAAAUCAAUGACGGUGAAUCGACUGAUGACAUCAUCCAGGAAAAGAUAUUUAAAAAAGACAAAGAACCAAUAGUAAACGAAAGUAAAGAAGAUGGUAAUGUAGAAUUUGUCAAGUCUAGCCGGUGGCGCAAAUUCUACGACUGGUUCUGUGGAUUUUCAUCAAACGAAGACAACCACCUAACAGAUGAGAUGCAGAAACAACGGGAACAAGUAACGCGCGAGAAAAUCUACCAGAAGCAACGCGACAAACGAAUAUUGAAUUUAUUCCUGGUAUUUAAUCUUGGUAUGGGGAUUUUUUUAAUCGCUUGGUUUGCGUGACUUUUUAGUUGCAUGUAUUUACUAUACUACCGUAAAUCCUCAAAAAAGCGCCGCGGCGCUUAUAACAUUUUGGAUGCUUCAGUGCGGCGUUUAUUCAAGAGCGGCGCUUGUUAAACAGGCUCUGGUUCUGGUGGGUAAAGCCGAACUCCCAAAGACUCCUAAGGACUCCAAAAGUGUAGAAGUAUAACAGGAGGGGUAGAAAUAGUGUCGAAUUUCAAUAUUAUUAUGACGACGACUAUAUACAUCUUUCUGAUAUAAGUUGAUAAAUUGGUAAUUUUGAAA